AUGGCACCCCCAUUAGUGGGCGACAUGCCCCCAGCGGAGGCAGAGUCGGUCUAUUUCAAUGAAUACCCCCCACCAAAGGCACUGCCACGCCAUGAAGCGCUCGCGCGCGCAUUCAUUGACCUGCACGUGGAGGCACACCGGCGUGUAGUACUCGUCACAUCCGGAGGAACAACGGUACCACUUGAAGCGCAAACCGUACGAUUCAUCGACAACUUCUCCGCCGGCACUCGUGGCGCCACAUCGGCCGAGUACUUCCUCGAGCAGGGGUACGCAGUGAUCUUCCUACACCGACAAUACAGUCUGCUACCGUACUCGCGGCACUACAGCCACUCGACCAAUUGCUUCCUAGACUUCAUGGAUGAGAAGCCGGCGUCGGCGGACUCCUCCAACCCUGGCCAUGGACCCAUCAUGGUGCGCGACGAGUACCAAGACGAGAUGCGCAGCGUGCUGCGGAAAUACCGGUAUGCGAAGCAGAACAACCUCUUGCUGCUGCUGCCGUUCACGACAGUCUCGGAAUACAUGUUCGAGCUGCGGGCAAUUGCGAAGCUGAUGCGGCCGCUUGGCUCGAAUGCGCUCUUUUACCUCGCGGCUGCCGUCAGCGAUUUCUUCAUUCCUCGCAGUCGCAUGGCAGAGCACAAGAUCCAGUCUGGGGAGUUGCCUCCGCACAUGCAGGGCAGUGCAAUCUCAUCGGAUGAAAUCUAUACGGGUGAGAAUGAAGAAAAUCCUUCGCAUAGCCGGAAGCUCGUCGUCAACCUCGACCCCGUGCCCAAGUUCCUGCACCAGUUGGUAGAUGGCUGGGCUCCCGAGGGGAGUAUGGUUGUUUCGUUUAAGUUGGAGACGGAUCCGUCGCUGCUUGUGUACAAGGCGCGCGCUGCGCUGCAGCGCUACUCCCACCACUUGGUGAUUGGCAAUUUGCUUUCCACACGCAAGUGGGAGGUGGUUUUCAUUACCCCCGAUGAGCCGUAUGAGCGCUGGCUUCGGGUUCCGAAGUCCAAACGCAGCAAGAGUAUCUCUGGGGUUGAGGAUCAGGUUGGGUUGGCGGAAGCUAAUAAGGCGGAUUCGUCGACGGUGGAGCAGACGGAGGCUAAACAGAUUGAUGAGAACAGUCGGGAUGGAAUUGAGAUUGAGAGUCUCAUUAUCCCGGAGUUGGUUAAGCUGCAUACUAAAAUGAUCGAGAAGAACAAGCAACCUGCGCAGUGA